AUGAGAAAGGCCUCCCGCGUGAACGAAAUCCUGCCUUAUUCACUGUCGAGUCCUCUUACGCCUCUAGCCAAAACAACUCCAUUCAUCUCACUAACCACCACGUGCGUUUCAUUCUCUUCGAUCUUCUCUUUGAUUGCUUUUUAUGAAGUCGCACCGGGAGCUAGUGCUUGCUAUCUAAGAGUUGCUCCAUGGAUCUCAUCGGAAAUGUUUGAUGCUUCUUGGGGCUUCUUUGAGCAGUCAAAGAAUGAACCAAAGCACAUGAAUGAAUGGGUGGCAGCCGUCGUCCCUUUUUUAGACGCGAUACAAUCUCUUCCAUCCACUAGUGGUAUUCCUAUUCCCAUAGAUGCUAAUCCGCUUGUUGUUUCGGAUACAAUCGCUCAGGAUGACCUGUGGGAUGCUCUCGAGCAAGAAAACUGGAAACAGCUCUCCAGCUCGCGGGAAUACAAAUUGAUAGAACGGCACAGAGAGCAAUGCGAAGCAAUGAUCAAGUCUAUUGCUGGAUUAUUAUUAUUGCAGCAAUCCAUUUUAGAUGGCAUUGUCAUCACAGAAGGAGACGCCCCGCCUGCCGCUUCUACCACCACCAAUGCUGCUAACAUCCCCUCCCCACCGAACGCCGCCGCCGGAGAGGUAAGCCUGGAGCAGCAGCAAGGCUUCAAAAGAGAUGCGGACCAGUACAUGCCAAUAGCCAAUAUCAUACGCAUCAUGCGAAGCAUUCUCCCCGCCCACGCCAAAAUCGCCGACGACGCCAAGGAGGUCAUCCAAGAGUGCAUCUCCGAGUUCAUCAGCUUCAUCACCAUCGAGGCGAACGGGCGGUGCCACCGCGAAUACCGAAAAACCAUCACGCCGGAGGACGUGCUAGCGGCAAUGGCCUCGUUGGGGUUCACUAACUAUUUGGAGCCACUCACCAUUUUCCUCAACAAGCAUCGUGCCCAGAAGGACUCUGAUCGAAGCUCUAUGAAUCCUCUGCCGCAGUUCGUCAGGCGCAGCGGUGCCGCAGACGGUGGUAGUGGGUUCGUUCAGUAUCAAGAGCCGCAAGGUUCUCACAUGGUGCGGCACCUGCCGCGAACACCACCACCACCACCGGUGGCGCCAACAACGGGGUAUUAUGUUCCCUUACCGCCUGUUGCUGCUACUACAAUGGAAGAAGAGGAAGAAUUUGGUGAGUUGACAACCACAGUAAAUGAUUAUAUCUUCGGCAACCAUGGUGGUGGAGAAGGCUCCUCCGGCGAGUUUGAUCUAUUUCAAAAGUUUUAG